AUGACAGGGUCCAUGGAGGUCAUAGUGUCUGUUAUACACAGCGACCACCACUUCGUUUGCCGAAAAGCUAUACCAUUCUCCCAAGCAACUAAAAAACAGCCCAUUGGCGUUCACGUACGGAAAUCGGCCUCUGGACAAAAAUCCGUGUGCAUAAACGACUGUCCGACUCGCACUAAGAUGGGCUUGUGGGAAAUGGUACUGCUGAUACUCACGAUGGACAGUGGAGAAACGAUAUCAACCACCUGGUCGAAAGCUGAUAUGGAUUUGGCAAAGCUGUCUGUUACUGAUGGUUUCGGAUCAUUCAUGGAAUCCACACUCUCCCAGACAUCUUCGUCACCUGACUGUGCGAAACUAGUACAGGUCGACGGAACUGGGUUAUCCGCGGGAAAAAUUUUCGCACCCAGUGCACUGUCAUGGGCACUAACUGGAAAUACGGAUGGAGCCGUUUCUGUUUCCUCAAGAUCACCAAGCGAUCUGCCUUCUGUCGCGCUUUUCAGAUCACAAACCAUGCAACGAAGUGCAGUGGCUCCACCCGCUCCAGCUGCGUCACCCGAAGGAAGUACGUGGGCUGAGAUACUGUCGGGUUGCCCAAUCCUACGCAGGAGUAGUCAAGAUCCGAGGGUGAAUUCGGAAUACGGACCUCAGUCAACAACUUCGCGCCGUAAACAAUCGGCUGCGGUUGACAAACGCCAUGCUCCGCCCAAGAAAUUCUCCACUGUUCCCUGCAAGAAUUCGCGCCCCGAUGUGAUCGAAGUCGUUGUUAAAGUUACUGCCGAGAACAAGUCAUUCAAUGUCCCCGUCGACACAGGAAGUUCCGGUGGCUAUAUUCCGGACACGGAUGUCCGUAAGAACCCAUGGCUCAUCUAUCCUUUUAACGUUGAUAUCACGGAAGCCUCACUACCACCAGACCAUUGUUAG